AUAUAACCUUUGCAAUAUUUUUUGCUGCAACUGUGAUGGUGGAUGUGAUUCAAGAUGUGAGCAAACUACAUGUAAUGCCAAGGAAUGGUCAAAAUGUCUUGUAGCUGCCGUAACUUGUGGAAUUUCUUGCGUUACAAAUGGAGCAGCAUGUGCAACUUGUCUUGCAUCUGUAGGUGCUUCGUUUUGUAAAGAAUGUUAUUUUCAACUUUAUGAUUAG